ACUACCAGUAAAACUACCUACUCCUUCCCUGAAGGGUAAAUCUAUAAAUUAAAUAAGCUUACCAACAAUCCAUGCCAACUCAAGAGAAUGCUUUGUUUUGGGUGGGGUAUAAAGGCCACCCAGCUCAGCCGUUCCAUUACGGCCAUGCUGGAUCUGUCCUGUGGAACUUUAGGGACCAAAUAAGUUUCCACACAUCGUAAAGGUUGCUUCAUUUCCACUUUGUAGAUUAGCUGUUAAUUGUUCCAUCCUGGGCAUUUUGACUUUUAUUCUAUAUUCAUGCCGCAGGAGCAUGAGCAAGGGGACACCGCCCCCCGUCAAGGAGCGCCUGGAGUUCCCUGUUCCAGAGUCCAGCAGCGGAAUAUCCCCAGGUGUACUGCGGGUCCUCCACCGGCAGCUGAAUGGGGAAGGCAGUGUGACAUGGGAGCAGCUGCUGGAGGUGUGUCAGGCUAUGGGUGUGGCUGAAGAAACAGCUCAGGAUGCAUGGCACAGGGCUGGUGGCGGCGAUGGUGGCACCGUAGAGUGGGACCACAUCCUUUCUCAUAUUGCUGCUCUCUCAACUCACGUAAGUAUUAUUAUAUUCAGUGGGAAAUUCUAAACCCUUAGGAGUCAACACAUUUGCAUAACCUUUCAAUUUAAUAUUAACCCCCUUUGCUAUGACAUACCCUGAAAAUCAGUUUCAUGUGUGUGUGUGGUAAGAUUGUGAAAAAAAGGCUUGCAGACUGAAAGUUUUUAUUUUUAUGAAUUUAAUAAGACUAAAAUACUAAAUGGAAUCUGGCAAAACUGAAGAUUUCAUGGCAUUUUAUUGCACU